AUGUCUAACAGGGCAGAAGACGAAUGUGGAGCCAAUCACUAUGUUACUACAACAGGUGUCAUGUUCUCUAUUACCUUCCCAGGAAGUGUUGCUACAGACAGCAGGCUACAGACAGUAGAAACUGAGAAUAAGGCAGUAUGCAAAGAGAAACAAACAGAGAACACCUCCUUCAUCAGAAGCUCCUUGGAUCCUGCAGAGGAGUACAAGAUGUGUAACAAACGACGAGGUCUUGCUCUCAUUUUUAAUCAGGAGAAGUUCUUCUGGCGCCUGGGCUUGAAUGACAGAGUUGGAACCAGUGUUGAUCGUUACAACUUGAAGAAAAGCCUGAAGGAUCUAAACUUUGAAGUGAGGUGUUAUGAUAACUACAGGCAGGAGGAUGUCAUAGAUGAAAUAGCUAAAGCUGCGGAGGAAGAUCACUCAGAUGCUGAUUGCUUUUUGCUCGCCUUCCUGAGUCACGGAGAGGAUAACCAUGUUUAUUGCUACGAUGGAAAACUUAGUAUCCAGGACAUGAUGUCCAUGUUCAAAGGAGACAAGUGCCGGGACCUUGUCGGAAAGCCAAAGAUCUUCAUAAUACAGGCAUGUCGUGGAAAACUGUUUGAUGAAGGAGUUACAGUGACCCCUGCUGAUGCGGUGGAUGGCAAAGUUGAGGUGUUUGCAGAUGCCAGUGCCAUACACACCCUCCCCGCUGGGGCUGAUUUUAUAAUAUGCUCUGCUGUGGCUGAAGGAUACUACUCCUUCCGGGAGACUAAGAAAGGCUCCUGGUACAUCCAGGCUCUGUGUGAGAUGCUCCGAAAAUAUGGCAACUCCCUUGAAUUCACAGAAUUACUCACGCUAGUCAACAGAAAAGUGUCGAUGAAGAACGUUCCAAAAUCCUGUGACUCAGAGCUUGUUGGGAAAAAGCAAAUGCCUUGUUUUGCUUCAAUGCUCACUAAGAAACUUUACUUCCGACCAAAAAAGUAA